GAGCGCCGCCGGAAACGGAGGGCGUUCCGGACGUCGCCGACCACACGCUGGCGGCGGACCUGCAGAAGAAGCUGCAGAUCGACAGCAAGCAGCUGGACAAUAUUGCCAACGCAAACUCUACGUCUUCCUCCUCCCAGCAGCUUCCCCUGCGCGGCUACACGCCGUCCCCGCCGUCGACGGCGCCGCUGCCGAUGAAGUUCCCCGGCAAGCACGUCGAGCGGUUCUUCAUCAACAGCAUCAAGAGCGCCCCGAAUCUUCCGGCGUCGAACGGAGCCGCCCAGCAUCCGCGUCUGAAGGACCUUCGGCUUGAUAUCCAGCAGCACGGUCAUGGCCGCAACCACCACCACGAACCCGCCACCGGUGGGGCCAUCGAGGGUAACUCCUUCAACGCCAAAACGGGCGAACGACCCCGCUCGACGCACUGCCUCGAACCGGAGCGGGUGCUCGAGCUGAAACGGGGCCACCGCGGAUCGCACGGGCCGUCCCGUCGGGCUCACAACUUCUCGUCCACCGAGAGUAUGGCCACGUCCAGCAGCGGCGGUAGCAUGGAGUCACUCAAGUCCAGCACGAGCGAAGGCAACCGGAGCACCUCCAGCAGCGAUUCGCGCCACUCGUCAUCCCUCAGCUCGCACAGCUCCGAUUCGGGACCUUCGCUGUUGGCCGCCUUCCCGCUCCGGGUGCCCGUCGUGGUGCACAACAAGCUCAACAUCCUGAGCCCCAUCUCGGACAAGUCGUCCCAGGAACCGGGCUCGGAAACGGGCUCGUCGGACAUUAACUGCCGCAACAACAACUCCCAGAAACAGUCACCGAUCGAUGCGGGCGGGGCGGGUACUGGUGGUGGCACCGGCACUGGGGCCGGUAAGAAGGAGAGCGACGUCCACGAGUGUGCCACGGAGGCCGUGAAGGCUCCGAACCAAGUGCAAGGGUCCUCCUCCAAGCGCCGAUCGGCACCGAACAAAGCGCUGCUGCUGAUCACGGGUCCCGAAAUACAGGGCUCGGACAGUGGCAUUUCGUUG